AUGGUUGAUGCCAUCAUCAGAGUACCAACUCAGAGAGAACGAUUAGCAGAAGCAAAGCGCUUAGAAGCAUGGAGUAAAAAUUUGAAACUCUCCAAACAGGAUAUUAAUCUUUAUAGGAAUUCACACAAACAUAACAUCUGUUUAGACAUGCUUCGGCAGGGUUAUCAUAAAUCCUUUUCAGAACUCACUAAUCUGAUCCUGAACUGGAAUGCUGUAAGGGAGGCUUCAGGACCUGGGUCAGAUAUAUGGAUGGAGGAACCUCUGGACAAGCAACAUGAUAAGCUGGAUCAUCUUCAGUAUUUCCUGAUCAGGGCAGAGGCAGCUCAAAGAGCAGGGAAGUUUGAGGAAGUCUACAAUAACCAACUUUCAUUGGCAUGUUACUUUAAAACUGUUGGGGACAAACUACUUUCUGAUCAUUUCUUCCAAUCUUGCCUCAGUACUGCUGAAAUGAUCACCCCAGAGGGGCAUCAGAAAGCAGCAGAAGCACAUGCUAACAUGGGCACGGCCUAUGAAGAGAAAGGUCAGCUGGAUAAAGCUGCUGAACAUUAUGAGAUAUUCCAUCAACUCACUGUGGGAAAGCCAUGGCAUGAUGAAAAUGGCUGCUGUCACUUUGCACAGGCCUGUGCGAAUCUCUGGAGGAUUUACACAUUGCUAGCGGAUGAACAGCUUGAAAAUGAACAAUAUAAAGAGGCAAACAAAAGUCUGAGAAAAGCUUAUGACAUAGCAAAAGAAGGGGGCGAUAAGAAGAUGGAAUUAGCAGCUCUGUAUCGUGUGGCUUUAGGGUACCUUAGUGCUGGAGAGCCAGACACAGCUAUUGGCUUCUUGCAAACUUAUUUGGAGCUUUCCAAAUCCAUGGACGACGACAUUAGUUUAGGCAAAACCUAUGAAGCUCUUGCUAAAGCCUUGAUAAGUACAGGGCAUUCUGCUGAAGCUCUUGAGUAUCUGAAACAGUUUCUGGCCCUGGCAGAGAAAAUUGAUGAUAAACAAAGUCUUGUGGAUGCUUGCAGAUUCCUUGGAAUUAUGUAUAAUAACCUGGGUCAAUAUGAUGUAGCUUGCAAGUAUAUUUGGCAAGGAUAUGAGAUCGCCAUGACUUUGGGUGAUCUGCAUCUACUAGAGAUUAUGCAGGUCAAUUUUGGCAUCUUCAAAGCUCAUGCAAUGAUGACCAUAUAUUGUCACCACGUAGAAGCUGCUGGGCACAGCAAUCUUGAACGUUUGGUAACAUGGAAGGAUAGUAGAAAAGACACAUUUAAUGACCGCAUUACAGAAGAAUGGGAAAAACUGAUAGAAAAGGGAGGGGCGGGAAUGGAAAGACGCUCAGCAAAACCCACUCAGAGAUGCUUUAGAGAACUGUUCGUGUGCCUCAACUUCAGCCAAGAUCAGUAA